UAUCCAAGAGAGGUGUGUUAGCAGCAUCUUGCGAAACCGGAUGACAGUUCUGUUCUCUCCUUCGUGUUGCGUUAGUCAUUACAGUUUACAGCCUUUACUCGAUUCAGUUAGCGUGAAAGAACAACAGCUUUCAAAUUUCUAUUGUUUUCCGUAGCACGGAAACGAGUCUAAAAGUACUUCCGUAUAUCAAUUCGGGUAGUGCGAACGCGCAUUUUCUCCGACGUUUUCUCGUUUAAUAAUCGCACAUUGUCCUUUUAUUCGGCAGCGUUGUGCUUGAAUAUCUUCAGAAACAUUUUUUUAUUGAUCUUCACUACUUGUUUUAACUGGGAGAAGGCUACUUUUCUCCACUUUAAAACAGAUAGAUUCUUAUAAUUGGAUUAUCGUGUUAUUAGAAAGGAUCUUGACCUUAUUGAUUUGUGUUCUUUCAAUCUGUGUGUAAAAUGCCGAAUGUGUUUAAGACUCUCCAAUGCCCUUUCGAUCUAGAUCGGUUGCGCCCCGACAUAUUCCGGCGGCGUCCAGACGGCAGAAUGUCCAAAACCAAGAAUGCCACCCAGGCCGUGCAUAAAGUCAUCAUGGUGGGCAGCGGUGGCGUGGGAAAAUCCGCCCUCACACUGCAAUUCAUGUAUGAUGAAUUUGUAGAAGACUAUGAACCCACCAAAGCAGAUUCCUAUCGUAAAAAAGUAUUAUUAGAUGGUGAAGAAGUAGGCAUUGACAUUUUAGAUACUGCAGGCCAGGAAGAUUAUGCCGCCAUCAGAGAUAACUACUUCAGGUCAGGAGAAGGUUUCUUAUGUGUGUUUUCUAUCACAGAACAUGACAGCUUCUCUGCUACUUCUGAAUUUAGAGAACAAAUUCUGCGAGUCAAAGGUGAUGAUAAUAUCCCAUUCUUAUUAGUUGGAAAUAAGGCUGACCUAGAUGAAAAAAGACAAGUAUCCUUAGAGGAAGCAGAAUCCAGAGCAAGGCAAUGGAAUGUACCUUAUGUGGAAACAUCUGCAAAAACUAAGAGUAAUGUAGAUAAGGUAUUUUUCGACCUCAUGAGGGAAAUCAGAAAUCAGAAAGUUGUUGAAAGUAAAGUAAAUAACGGUCCCAAGAAAACUCGCAAAAUUAAAAAAUGCACAAUAUUGUAAUCAACAAGCACUUUAGAAGUAUUCCAGUUUUGUCAUGAAGUAUAAAAUGUGCCACUCUCCCGAAAUAUAUUUUUUGUUUGUAAAACACUCAAUAGCUGCUUUUAGGCUGGUUAAACCAGAUGUUUCAUUUAGAUUUAAAGACAUUCAUAUGACACUUCUGUUGUUAUUCGACUCCAAUUUUCUAUAAAAGUUAUUUUAUAAAACAUAAAUAUUUUGUACUAUUAAAUAAGCUUCAAAAAAUAACAUUUUUGUACUUUCCUAUUUCUCUCAAUCUUAAAAACUAUAUCAAAUUUUAAAUAUUUCGGUAUCAAAUAUUUAUUUUGCUCAAUGUAUUUUUCUUGUUUUCUUCUUUAUUCUAUGUGUUCUCUCGUAUUGGUAAAUCGUACUAAAAAUAAUUUUUUCACCCUUUGGGUAUUUGACUUAGCCUUUUAUUGAAAUAUUUUUUUAAAUAUUGUUAAUGUUUUUAAUGACUACAUAUUUUUGAAAGAGCUCAGAUGCAUUUUUAUAGAGGCUGUGUAUGUGAACUUGGUUAAGUUUUUAAUUAUAUUUGUUGCCAUUUUUAUAGUUCAUGAAAUGAUGUAAACCAUAUGCCAUUGAAAUGAUGUUGCAUGAACAAUGUACUUUCAAUCUUUUCUGUGUGAAAGAAUUGUAAAAACCUUUUCUUUUGAUUUCUGUGUUAUGUAAAUAUGAUUUUUCAGUACAUAAAUUUUGCUGAUCUAAUGUCUGCAUACAUUGAUUGUAAUAUGUUUUGGUUUUCUCUGUUUCUUGAAUAAACAUUUUCUAAAUAAUUUUA